CAUGCUGUGGAGUGCGGAGGGGGAACACUGCUGCUGAACUUACAUUUGACGAGACAGUAUACGCGAAGCAAAUAUGUGCUCUCCUUUUUGGCGUUGCCAUAUUUUGUGAGAUUUAGGAUUCGGCGAGGUUGCUUUGCACAACUGAAGCUUACAAAAUUGCAAAAUGGGAACGGUGCUUAAAGCAUAGGGCUGGCGGUGGUUGGAAAACAUUUGUCCACAACACACUCGUCUUCGCCGGCUGGGAAGAGCUGUUUGAGGCAUCACGUUCUUGCGCGCAACAGUAAGGUACCUUAUAGCCCUGGUCGCUUGCGCACCACAGAAUGUGAGCGACUUGGAUGAAUGGAGCGCCGUCCUCGUCUGUCAAUGCGGGAUGUUCCGAUAGAGAAGGACAUGGAUUCGUUGGGAGUUUUGAAGUGGAAUUAACAGCGCGUGCGGAUUAUUUACCCCGGAGAUGUUUGUGUUUCCAAUCUUUUGGUUUUUGUCCCAGGCUCGCGCGGCACCUUCUCUGACGACAGAACAGAUAGACAAGGGGGUGGAUUGGCUGAGUAAGUUUGGCUACCUGCCUCCUCCAGACCCGGUGACGGGGCAGCUGCAGACCAAGGAGGCCCUGACUAAAGCCAUCAAAGCCAUGCAGAGGUUCGGGGGGCUGGAGGAGACGGGAGAGCUGGACCAAGCUACUCUAGGUCUAAUGAAGACUCCAAGGUGUUCGCUGCCAGACCUGUCACCAGAGGCAUCGUCAUCAUCAUCAGCGGGGCGGAGGAGACGAGCUCUCACACCACACAACAACAAGUGGAGCAAGAGACAUCUGUCAUGGAGGGUGCGGACGUUCCCAAAGGGUUCGGAGGUGCUGGGCCGGGACACGGUGCGGGCGCUGAUGUUCUACGCCCUGAAGGUCUGGAGCGACAUCGCGCCCCUCAACUUCCAUGAGGUGGCUAGCAGCGAGGCCGACAUCCAGAUCGACUUCACCAAGGCCGACCAUAACGACGGCUACCCCUUUGAUGGCCCCGGGGGCACCGUGGCUCACGCCUUCUUCCCUGGAGAACGCUUCACGGCUGGGGACACGCACUUCGACGAUGACGAGGCCUGGACCUUCAGAUCACCAGACUCUCAUGGGAUGGACCUGUUUGCGGUGGCCAUCCAUGAGUUUGGUCAUGCCAUUGGGCUGGCUCACACGUCGGCCAUAGAGUCCAUCAUGCGUCCCUACUACCAGGGCCCUGUGGGGGACCCCCUCAAGUACGACCUGCCCUAUGAGGACAAGGUGCGCGUCUGGCAGCUCUACGGAGUGCGAGAUUCAGUGUCAGUGUCAUCUGGUGAUCCGUCCAUUGAGCCCCCGGUUCUUCUGGACCUGCCCGAGAACAGAUCCACUGUCCCGCCAGCCCGUGAUGCACCAGACCGCUGCACCACUCACUUUGAUGCUGUGGCCCAGAUUCGAGGAGAGGCCUUCUUUUUCAAAGGAAAGUAUUUCUGGCGUUUGACUCGGGAGAAGCACCUGGUAUCGCUGCGUCCGGCCCAGAUCCACCGCUUCUGGAGGGGUCUUCCCCCCAACCUGGACAGUGUGGACGCCGUCUACGAGAGGCCAGGGGACCACAAGAUCGUCUUCUUCAAAGGUGCAAAGUACUGGGUGUUCAAAGACAACAACGUGGAGGAGGGCUACCCGCGGCCCAUCAGUGACUUUGGGCUGCCCAUGGAGGGUGUGGAUGCCGUGUUCGUGUGGCUCCAUAAUGACAAGACCUACUUCUUCAAGGACAGCAGCUACUGGCGCUAUGACGACCACCUGAGACGCAUGGACCAGGGCUACCCCAAAGACAGCGCCCUCUGGAAGGGCAUACCCAUGCUCUUAGACGAUGCCAUGCGCUGGUCAGAUGGUGCCUCCUACUUCUUCAAAGGCAAGGAGUACUGGCGGGUGGAGGGCAGUGACAUGGAGGUGGAGGCCGGCUACCCGCGCUCCAUCGCUAAGGACUGGCUGGUGUGCAGUGAGAUGCAGUCGGACUCACCGACUGCCACAGAGUCCAACCACUCAGACACUCGGAUACGGGGCUCACAGCAGGCCGACCAUGCUGAGAACGGCCUGGAGGUCUGCUCCUGCACCUCGGACCACGCGGCCCCGGUGGGCGUUCGCCUCCCCCUCUCCCCGCUCCUCUGGGCCCUGGCCCCCCUAUGGACACUCUGGACGACCCUUGAGGCGGCACCGGGGCCCCUAUGACAUCAAAGACUCACAGAUUGACUGACUGACUGACUGGCUGGAGUCCAUGGACUGGACUAAGCCAGAAGCUUUUUUCAGAGAUUGGAGAAUUUUCCUCCUGGAAGAUUUUGGUGGCUGGAUGCCUGUAUGGCUGGCUGUGAGCAAGUGAGCAAACAGCCAUGGGCAGGACUAAACUGGAAGCUUUUUUUAUUUUUCUCUCCUGGAAGUGGAGGAAGGGCUGAAUGUCUGACUGUCUGUCUGUCUGGGGGCAUACCAGAACAGAGACAGAUACGGGAGCAGGAAAUGAGCCAGGACUUCUUCUAAAUGCCCUGUAGGAUGUCUGUUGAAGAAAGGAGUAGAGGGCUGGAGUCCUACAGGUUCUCUCCUUGAGAAAACGGGAGAUAAAUUGACUUUCAGGGUCCCUGGUGGGCCCUCAAUCUUGCAGGGCCUCCCUACUGCAGACUGAACAGCUGCAGAGAAGAACUCAGGAGAACUCUCCAUGUCUUUUUUUGUUGCUUGUUUUAUUUUUUAACUUGUUAAAACUGGAAUUGAACAUAUUAUUAUUAUUGUUAUUGUUAUUGUUAUUAUUAUUAUUAUUAUUAUUAUUAUUAUUAUUGUUAUUGUUAUUAUUAUUAUUAUUAUUAUUAUUAUUAUUAUUAGGCCCUUGUAAUGUAUCCAUGUAAAGGUCCAGUUCGUAAUUUUGAUUUAAGUGAUUUCAAAAAUGUAUGUUGCUUAUUCACAAACUUCAUCUUUUCCCUGACUAUUUACAGAGUAAAUAACCUAAUACUUUCUGAUCUGACCAGUUUGCAACCAGUUGUCUCUUUAUGACUGGUAAUUCAAAAUGGCGGAUUGGCAUGAAGGCAAAAUGCAUGUAUGAGAUGGUGGUGACAUGUGGUGGUAAACAUUCAGAGAAAAGAUGACAUUUAGUGAAUGGGCAGCAUAAAUUCUGGACAAACCGCACACUGGACCUUUGGUAUCAUGCACAGAUGUUCUGCAACACCUUCAUACAUUUUAAGUUCAUUCUUAUGAUGAGGUAAAGAGGCAGUUAUAACAACAACAACUAUUUAAAGUAAGAGCAAAACAUUUUCUGUGCAUUUUUUCUGCAUUGGGAGAGUGAGGCAUCAUGGGAUGUGUCUUGUCACAUGACCUGGCUCUCAUCAUUCCGAUUCACUAUAAGUGCUUUAUGAAUACGAUUACAUUUGUCACCAUCACAAAUCCUCUCUAAUGUGUUGGGCGCUUUCUUCUGACUACAGACAGCCAUUCUCUUGUGUUAUACAGCACUGUGAGGAAUAGAAGUCGUGCUUUCAUAAAGGAGCAUCACAUCUCUCUCUCUAUCUCUCUCUCUCUCUCUCUCUCUCUCUCUCUCUCUCUCUCUCUCUCUCUCUCUCUCUCUCUCUCAAAUUCAGUUUCAAAUUGAAGUUCAAGAUGCUUUAUUGGCAUGAAAA